AUGAGCUCAGUUGAUUCAUCAAAUCAAGAGCAUAAGUAUAAUGAUACGAAAAAUUUGGGUGAACUUAAUGGAGAUAAUCAAAUAAAAGAGGUGGUACCACAUGAACAGGGACAAUUGGAUGAAGAAAAUUUAUUCCAUAUCUUAGAUCUCGAUGCAGAUCAGGUAGGUGAAGCAGAUUUAGGACAAAUUAUACAACAUUCACCUGGUCUAUCAGACACAUACAAUAUCAAUUCAGAGCAAGAACAGAAAAAGCCAACCUUGUUAAUUCCUGCAUUAAUAUGUUUGGUCAUUUCAUUUGGUGGCUUUAUUUUUGGUUGGGACGUUGGUACUAUAGGCGGAGUGGUAAACAUGGAGGAAUUUAGAGAAACCUUUGGAACUAGAUAUGACAUCUUGACUGAUAGGAAAUAUUUACCUACCUUACAGUUAGGGCUGAUGAUAUCCAUUGUUAACAUAGGGGCAAUGUUUGGUGGCUUGUUAUUGCCCAAACUUGGAGUUUCAAGAGGAAGAAAAUUGGGUAUUUUAAUUUCGACAAUGAUAUAUAUGGCGGGAAUAUUGGCCCAACUUAUUAACUGCGAUGCUUGGUUUCAGUUUUUUGUAGGAAGGGCAAUCUGUGGAAUGGGCAUAGGUUCUUUAACUGUGUUAGUACCUAUGUUUAUUUCCGAAAUUGCACCUUUACAAAUCAGAGGCUCGAUGGUUGCUUUAUAUCAAUUGAUGAUUACCUUUGGCAUUCUAGUAGGAAAUCUUACAAAUUAUGCAGUAAUCAGAAACGUUAAGUACAAUGGUGAUGAAUGGAAGAUCCCAAUAGGACUCGGUAUAUUAUGGGCAUCAAUUCUUCUUUUAGGUCUCAAUAUGGUUCCAGAAUCUGCCCCAUUUCUAAUAAUAAAAAGGGCUGAUAUUGAAGGUGCCAAAGAAUCAUUUGCCAAGAUGAACAACAUAUCUCCUAAUGCACACAUGGUAGCUGAAUUUGUUGAACAAAUGUCUACAGAGGCCUUCAAAAACAACGAGUUAUUGAAGCAAAAGAAAGAAAUACCCUUUGAGUUCAUUAACGGUAAACCUAGGCUAGGGUUACGACUACUUAUAGGUAUAAUGAUAAUGGUGUUCCAGCAACUAUCAGGUAUAAAUUAUUUUUUCUAUUAUAGCACUUCAUUAUUUGCUAAUAUUGGAAUUCAAGAUUCUUACAUAACCUCUUUGAUUUUAUCAACUGUAAACUUUUUUACUACAUUUGGGGGGAUUAUACUAGUUGAGAGAUGGGGACGAAAGAUGUGUUUACUGGUGGGCUCUGUAGGAAUGUUUUUCUGCAUGAUAAUAUAUGCCAGUGUUGGCAGUUUCGUUUCCAGUAACAUUAAAAGCGGUGUCAUCAUGAUUGUUGUGACCUGCAUUUAUAUCAUGUUUUUUGCAGCUACAACAGGCCCUGUUUCAUUUGUCCUGGUAUCAGAGUUAUUUCCAAUGAGAACUAAGGCUAUUUCGAUGGCGAUUUGUAAUUCUAUGAAUUGGAUGGUAAACUUUGUUAUCUCCAUGUUUACACCUGCAAUAACAUCAAAAAUUGGAUUCAAAUAUGGCUAUGUCUUUGCUGGAUGCUUAUUGGCUUCAAUUGUGUUUGUGAUAACUCUUGUUCCUGAGACUAAAAACAAGAAUGAGCAAGAAAUAGAUAAAAUCUACGAAAGAGUGACAAACUCGAACAAAUAA